UAAGCCAUAAACAUUAUACCUUAAAUCUUUUUCUGUGCAGUUGUUGGUUGUUGUUGAGUUCCACAGUAAGUUAUACUUAAGUAUUAAGUGUUAACUAUUUUUCUCUAAAUUAUGAAAUAGAUAAUUAAUUCGCAACGGUGGUCAGUUGUGCGCCGGUUUAAAUAUGAAUGACGACAGCAGUUCCGAAGCCCAACAGGGUGAUUUCGACUUGACAAGUUUUAUGUUUGGGAACAUUGAUGAGAGCGGGCAACUUGAAGAUGAUGACUUACUGGACAAAGAUACAAAAAAAUACUUGGCUUCCUUGUCCAAGCUUGGGUUUAGUUCGAUGGUGUCCGAGGUCAUUGACUCAUCUGAACUUCGAGGAAUGGAGAAUGGUCAUGAAGACACAAAUACCACUGAAGAGAAGUCGCCUACCGCUCAAGAUUUUUUUGAUAUAGAGGAAUUAGCUGAAGAAACGGCUGGCUUCAAGCAACAAGUUUUGGAGAGUGGGUACGAUGGUGACAAUGAACAAAACGAUAAACAAACUGAUAAAUCCAAGCGGCUAGAAACACCACUGGCUGCUAUGUUACCUUCAAAAUAUGAAAACGUUGAUGUAACAACAUUAUUUCCUGAUUUUAGAGUUGGAAAAGUUUUAAGGUUUUCUAGAUUGUUUAAGCCCAAUAAAUCAAGUCGUUUACCUAAAGUUUGGAGAAACGUCAAAACGAAACGUAAAAAAAGAAGACAUAGUGAUGCAAAUGAUUAUAAUUCUUCUGAUAAUGAAACCAAACCUCAACUCCUAUGUCUUGAAUAUGGUUCAUUGCCAGACCCUGAAUUUAUUGCUUGUGACGAUGAGGAGAAAUUUUUACAACCAAUUGAAAGUUUUUCUAAACAAACUAAUCCAAACAGACAAGAAAAUGAAGAUGGUUCGAACAAUCAAGCAUACUGGAGAGGUGGUCCAGCUAAAUUGUGGUAUGAUAUGUUGGGAGUUCCUGAAAAUGGAGAAGAAUUUGAUUAUGGUUUUAAACUUAAAGACAAUAAAACUGAAGACAUAGGAAACAAUGCUGAGGAAAAUCCAUAUCCAGAAGACGCCUAUUUAAUGGUUAGUCAGUUGCAUUGGGAAGAUGAUAUAAUAUGGAAUGGAGAAGAUAUUAAACAUAAAGUUCUUCAAAAACUGAAUAGCAAGACUAAUGCUGCUGGAUGGGUACCGAGUAGCACUAAUCGUACUGCUCAGGCUUUUAGCCAGCCUGGAAAGGGAAUGCUUCCUCUUGCAGGUGGUUCAGUACGAUUAGCUACAUCCAACAUAAAUGUAUCACAAUCACAAAACAAAAUGACCCCUAAAUCAAAUAUGGGUUCAAAGCAGCAGCCAAUAAAUGAUACCGCAGAUGAUACCUGGUAUUCUAUAUUUCCAGUAGAGAAUGAAGAAUUAGUUUAUGGUACUUGGGAAGAUGAGAUCAUUUGGGAUGCUAAAAAUAUGGAAAAGAUACCUCGUCCAAAAAUAUUAACAUUAGACCCCAAUGAUGAAAACAUUAUAUUAGGUGUUCCUGAUGAUGUAGAUCCUGCAAAACAAAGACUAGAUAAUGCUACUCCAGUUAAAGUAAAAAUUCCUCAUCCGCAUGUUAAAAAAUCAAAACUUCUACUUGGUAAAGCUGGAGUGAUUAAUGUUCUCGAAGAAGAUACUCCAUUGCCUCCACCCAAGUCUCCAGACAGAGAUCCAUUUAAUGUAUCAAAUGACUGUUACUAUCAACCAAGGUCAUCGGAAACAUCAUUACGUCUUAAAGUUGGGGGUGGCAAUAUUAUCCAACAUUCAACGCCUGUUGUUGAGUUAAAAGCCCCAUUUAUACAAACUCAUAUGGGACCAAUGCGUUUAAGAAAUUUCCAUCGUCCUCCUAUGAAACGUUAUUCUCAUGGUGCUGUUGCUCAGCCUAUAUUUCAUUCUGUGCAGCCUCUUUUGAAAAACAUUAAAAAGAAAGCGAAGCUUAGAGAACAAGAACGAAUAGCUUCUGGUGGAGGUGAUGUAUUUUUCAUGAGAACACCAGAUGAUUUGACUGGCCGAGAUGGUUCAAUUAUUCUUGUUGAGUAUUGUGAAGAACACCCACCUUUAUUGAAUCAAGUUGGAAUGUGCUCUAAAAUUAAAAAUUAUUAUAAACGUAAAAUUGGUAAAGAUCCGGGUCCACCAAGUUUACAGUUUGGAGAAAUUGCCUAUGCUCAUACUUCACCAUUUUUGGGUGUUCUAUCACCUGGUAGGACAAUUCAAGUUAUUGAAAAUAAUUUAUACCGAACACCAAUAUAUGAACACAAGCCUUUAGAAAAUGAUUUCUUACUCAUAAGAACAAGGCAUGCCUAUUAUAUACGUGAAAUAGAUGCUUUAUUUACUUCUGGCCAACUUUGUCCAUUGUAUGAAGUUCCUGGUCCAAACUCUAAACGAGCUAACAAUUUUGUGAGAGAUUUUUUACAGGUUUUUAUUUAUCGAUUAUUUUGGAAAAGUACUGAUUAUCCAAGGCGUAUAAAAAUGGAUGACAUUAAAAAAGCAUUUCCAUCACAUUCAGAAAGUAGUAUUCGUAAACGUCUUAAGCUAUGUGCAGAUUUUAAAAGAACUGGUUCUGAUUCAAAUUGGUGGGUAAUUAAACCUGAUUUCCGUUUACCGUCGGAAGAAGAAAUUCGUGCCAUGGUAUCACCAGAGCAAUGUUGUGCUUAUUUUAGCAUGAUUGCAGCCGAACAGAGACUUAAAGAUGCUGGUUAUGGAGAAAAAUUUAUUUUAACUAGCUUAGAAGACGAUGAUGAAGAAAUGCAAUUGAAAAUGGAUGAUGAAAUUAAAGUUGCACCUUGGAUGACAACUCGAGCAUACAUACAAGCUAUGAAAAAUAAGUGUCUACUUCAACUCACUGGUCCUGCAGAUCCCACUGGAUGUGGAGAGGGAUUUUCAUAUGUACGAGUACCUAACAAACCAACGUUAAAUAAAGAAGAACAAGAAGCUCAACCUAAACGUAUGGUGACUGGAACAGAUGCAGAUUUAAGACGAUUGUCAUUAAAUAAUGCAAAAGCUUUAUUGAGAAAAUUUGCAGUACCUGAAGAAGAAAUAAAAAAAUUGUCCCGAUGGGAAGUUAUUGAUGUAGUUCGAACUUUGUCUACUGAAAAAGCUAAAGCUGGUGAAGAAGGAAUGACAAAAUUUUCGAGAGGCAAUCGUUUUUCCAUUGCUGAACACCAGGAAAGAUACAAAGAAGAAUGCCAAAGAAUAUUUGAUUUACAAAAUAGAGUGCUUUCAUCUCAUGAAUUGUUGUCCACAGACGAAGGAGAAAGUUUUGAUGAAGAAGAUUGUUCUGACAUUGAAGAAAUGGGAAAAAACAUUGAAAAUAUGUUGUCAAAUAAAAAAACAAGCACACAAUUGUCACUCGAAAAAGAAGAACAAGAACGUCAUGAACUUCGUAAAAUGAUCAUGGGGUGCUCCUCCAAUGACGACUUGCGUAAAAGAGACAAGAAGAAAAUGGAUGAUGAUGAUAGUAUGCAGUUUUCAUCUACUGGUCAACCAGGUCGUGUUCUUAGGAUAUAUAGAACAUUUCAAGGAUCAGAUGGGAAAGAGUACACUAGAACAGAAGUUGUACGUAAACCGGGUGUUAUUGAUGCUUAUCUAAAAAUAAGAACAACGAGAGAUGAAGGUUUUAUUCGUCAGUAUGCACUUAUGGAUGAAGCACAGAAAGAAGAGAUGAAACGUGAAAAACGAAGAAUCCAAGAACAGUUGAGACGUAUAAAAAGGAAUCAAGAACGUGAACGUUUUUCUAAUAACACCAGACCACAGCCUGGUUUUGGUUACUCCAUGGUCAACAAAAGCAAUUCCUUGAGUAAUGAUGUGCCAAUGCCCACUUCUGGCACAGUCACAAUACCUAAGCCACGCAUGGAAGCCACACCUCCAAGACCACGUAAACCAAAACCCAGUAAAAUGAAGCCUGACUUAAAAGUCAGAUGUGGAGCAUGUGGUAAUGUUGGUCACAUGAGAACAAACAAAGCCUGUCCUCAGUACAAUCUAAAUCCUAACGCGUCAGUUAAUGUUGCUCUUACUGAGGAGCAAGAAGAAGAAAUCGAAAAACAAAUGAAUGUAGAGGACGAAGAUUUGGUUAAUGUAGACGGAACAAAAGUCACACUAUCCAGUAAACUCUUGAAGCAUGCUGAAGAAGUAAAAAGGAGGUCACUAGUUCUGAAAGUACCCAAAGAUGCGUUAUCGCGCAACAAGAAACGUAAGAAUGAACUGCACUGUGAUUAUUUAAAGAAACCUGAUCGUUCUGCCAACAGACGCCGUACUGACCCAUUAAUUGUUCUAUCAACAAUAUUUGAAUCUAUAUUAAAUGAAAUGCGUGGUAUGCCUGACGUGCACCCAUUUAUUUAUCCAGUUAAUGUUAAGGUGCCUGAUUACUACAAUAUAGUACAGAGACCAAUGGAUUUACAAUCUAUUAGAGAUGGACUUCAUUUGAAAAAAUAUCAGAACCGUGAAGAAUUUCUUUCUGAUGUCAAUCAAAUUGUUGAAAAUUCUACAUUGUACAAUGGUGCCAAGAGUUCACUAACUGUUGCUGCUCGUCGUAUGUUGGGUGUUUGUGUAGAUCGUCUACACGAAAAAGAAGAACGUCUUAUGUUACUGGAAAAAGCGAUCAACCCACUGUUGGAUGAUAAUGACCAAGUGGCUUUAACAUUUAUAUUGGAUAAUGUUGUUGGUAAAGUGAAGACUAUGAGUGAAGCAUGGCCAUUCAUGAAGCCAGUCAAUCGUAAAUUAGUCAAGGAUUAUUACAAUGUCAUUAAACAACCAAUUGAUUUAGAAACUAUAGCUUCACGUGUUUCUAGUCAUAAGUAUCAUAACCGUAGGGAAUUUUUGGCUGACAUAAAUUUAAUUUUUGAAAACAGUGUUGCAUAUAAUGGUGAAGAUUCAGACUUUACACAACAAGCAAAAAAGUUAAUAAGUGUGGCCACAGAAUCAUUAGAAGAGUUUGAUCAAUACUUGACCCAAGUGGAACAAAAUAUCAGUUUAGUUCAGGCUCGAGCUCUAGAACAGGUUGAAAUGGAUUCUGCCGCAGAGGAUGAUUAUGGAGAUAUGCAAGAUGUUGAAGAUAAUUUAAAUUCACCGAGAGAACACAAGGUGAACAUUGAAGACAUAGAAUUCCAAAUGGAUCCAGAUAGUAAUUUCAAAACAGAAACUAAUCAUAUAUUAGAAGAUGAUCUACAUUGUUCGAGCGAAGAAGAUGAUUUCAUGGAAGUUGUUGGAGAAAAUCCACCAGACGAUGACAGUCAACAAGUUGCUGAAGCCAUGGUUUUGCUCGGUAACAUGGGAUACAAUCCUGCUCCUGAAACUUUCUCCAAUCAUAUCCAAGCCGACGAAAGCAUGGACCUCGAUCCAAAUUAUGAUCCUUCAGACUUCCUACCUACAGGCAGUCGUAAUCUAGACACAAGUGAUGAAAAAGAUCUCUCAGAGUCAAGUAAUAAAAACCAUGGCAGCGCAAAUAUCCAAGAUGAUUUGGAAAUCAGUGAUUCGGAUGAAGACAGUCCUCAUGAUGACAGCUUGGAUAUUAAGACCGAAGGUGAUUUAGGGGAAUUGUGGUUUUAAGUGACCACUAUUGUUAAUUUUAUAUUUUAAUUUUUAAUAAUGUAUUUAUAAAAUAAAUUUAUUGUAUAUUUGA